CUGAUCACCCGCCUUUUCUCUGUCAGCAUGGUGGGCAGAGCUCACUGCUCGGGCACUGCCGCGGCUGAGGCCAAGAAGGGAACCAGCUCCACAACCUAUACUGCCUGUCCUAGGCAUAUGGCUGAGGCCCAGGACCAGUGCUCAAACCGCUUGGCAGAGGAAUCCUGGGGAGAGGGGCAACUCUUGCCCUGGGUUCUGGAAUUUGGGUUUGGGGAGCUUCUUUCUGAGAGACUGAUUUUACCUUUGGAAAAUGCUGGGUUAUCCGCAGGCAGGAGCCCAGGCCUCUCCUGGACCUCCCGGCUAGAAUAAAGGGACGAAAUCAGCAGAGGAAGAGAGUGAGGCCUUGGGGAGAGUGGCUGGGAGACCCUCAGAGCCGAGUGGAGCAGAGAGACUUGAGCAAGGAGGCAAGAGCUGCUGAGAGCCCAUCCCCCCACCCCACCCCACCCCACCCCAGAGCCUACGGACCUUCAAAAACCCCCCACCACUCCAGUGACUGUGCUGGCCCUCGGGUGCCAGGAACCUAAGGGAGACUCAGCAGGGAUGUUUAGGCCUUGGCGGGGCUCCGAUGCCUGCUGGAAAGGGACUGAUUGUGAGACGAGGCCAGAAAGCAAAGAGGGUGAGGAGGGCGGAGGUGCCUGCGGCUUGUCUCCUGCUUGAGUGAAAGCGGAAAGCCAGGCACCCUAAGAGUAGGACUACAGAUCCUUUUGUUCACCAGACACCCCGGCUUCUAGAGGGCUAUGAGGUAUCUCCGCUGGCUGAACGCCCCCUUUGCUUUGGCACUGAGAAAAGGCAGAGAAGCGACAGGAAGAGAGAUAGGGGCAAUGACACAUAGCGAGAGGAAAAUGGGAGAGAUCAGAGGACAGAGUGAGACAGAAGAAAGGAGUAAAGUCAGAGGAAGGAAGAAGAAAAGGGAAACAAGGAAGUGAGAGAAGAGAAGACGGGAAAAAGAAGUGAGACUGAACCCAGUGGGCACCGACCGAGCUUUGGCCCGGGUGAGCUCCUGGCAAGAUUUUGGCAUGGGUUUUUUGAGGAUGGCAGUCUCGCUCCCGGACGUCAGUGGAGAGAGCCAAGUUACUCCGUGGCGAAAGCGCCGGGCAGAGAAAUAUGUAAAUCAGGGCUCCUUGCGCCCCGAGAGCGGCGCAAUUACGACCCUUGAACUAGAAGCAACAAGCUCCCGGCGGGCAAGCUGCAGAGGGUGACGGUGUCGCGCGGGAGGGAGCGGCUGUAGUAAGGGGUGUGGGGGGUGGGAACCUCACACCCUCACACCUAGUCCCCUGUGCCCCGAGUCGGGGCUCCCCCCCCCACCUCCGCUCAACGCUUCUUUCCCUUCCCCCUUCCUCCCCCUCCCUCUCCCUCCCUCCUCCUCCCUGCCGGCCUUGGUCCGCGUACUUAAAGCGGCGCGGGCGGGCGCGGGCGGGCGGCCCAGCCGGGCAGUGGCAGAUGCACCCAGCAGUGGCAGCCGCCGGCGGCGCACAGGUGACCGGCCUGCGGCACAGCCCGGUCAGAGGGCGCAGGGGGAGAACUGGCUGGAGAGGGAGGGUGAUCCGCCCCCAGCGCGCGCACGUCUCGGCGCCAGGAGCCGUCCCGGGGCGUGUUGGCGAGCACUGAUAUAGAUAUAAGGACAUUUCUCUCCAUGGCGUCACGUGACAUAAUUACCACCAGAAUCAAUCAAGAUGAAUUGCACGUCAGCGCCCGGUGGGGAUUUUUGCUUAGUUGAUCCUGGCCCAAGCCUCUUGUGCAAUCGAUGGCUCAGGUUGGCGGCGCGGGGAGCGGCCCGGGGCUCGCCGGCGCGCUCGCCGCGGAGCCAUGAACGACUUUGACGAGUGCGGCCCGAGCGCAGCCAGUAUGUACCUGCCCGGCUGCGCCUACUAUGUGGCCCCGUCGGACUUCGCCAGCAAGCCGUCGUUCCUGUCGCAACCGUCGUCCUGCCAGAUGACUUUCCCCUACUCUUCCAACCUGGCGCCGCACGUCCAGCCCGUGCGCGAAGUGGCCUUCCGUGACUACGGCCUGGAGCGCGCCAAGUGGCCGUACCGUGGCGGCGGCGGCGGCGGUGCAGGGGGCGGCGGCGGCGGGGGCGGCCCCGGCGGGGGCGGCAGCGGCGGCGCCGGGGGCUACGCUCCCUACUACGCUGCAGCGGCGGCGGCGGCGGCGGCAGCCGCGGCGGCCGAGGAGGCGGCCAUGCAGCGCGAGCUGCUCCCGCCCGCGGGCCGGCGGCCGGACGUGCUCUUCAAGGCGCCCGAGCCGGUGUGCGCCGCGCCUGGGCCGCCGCACGGCCCCGCGGGCGCCGCCUCCAACUUCUACAGCGCUGUGGGCCGCAACGGCAUCCUGCCGCAGGGCUUCGACCAGUUCUACGAGGCUGCGCCCGGGCCCCCGUUCGCCGGGCCGCAGCCUGCUCCGCCGCCCGCGCCGCCGCAGCCCGAGGGCGCCGCCGACAAGGGAGACCCCAAGACCGGGGCUGGUGGCGGCGGGGGCAGUCCCUGCACCAAGGCGCUCCCCAGCUCGGAGCUCAAGGGGGCGGCAGGGGGCGGCGACAGCGAGGGGCCCCCGGGGGAGACGGGGGCUGAGAAGAGCGGCAGCGCAGUGGCCCCCCAACGGUCCCGGAAAAAGCGCUGUCCCUACACGAAGUAUCAGAUCCGCGAACUGGAACGCGAGUUUUUCUUUAACGUGUACAUAAACAAAGAGAAAAGACUCCAACUCUCUCGGAUGCUCAACCUCACUGACCGGCAAGUCAAAAUCUGGUUCCAGAAUCGCAGGAUGAAAGAAAAGAAACUGAACAGAGACCGUCUGCAGUAUUUCACUGGAAACCCCUUAUUUUGAGAGCUCCAGGAAGCACCCCUCUCCCCUGAGCCCCACUCACCCACUGUCCUCCCACCAGCCUGUCCUGGGCAGGCCCAAUGUCCUUGGGUUUAAUGACGCCUCUUCUCUGUGGAACUCCACGAUUCCUUCCCACGGUCAACUCGGGACCUCCCAGCGACCACUGCAGCCUGCGGACGAGGUCGGGGACUUGGCCGAACGGAUCCUAAUAAGGGGAAAAUGGUAAAUGCAAAUGUCCCUUUACAAUUUUACCGCCAAUGCACUGUUGUUCUCCCUUCCUCUCUCUGAGUUCCCGUGGGGACGCUGUGGGAUCUGUAGAGCUAGGCCGAGGGGCUGGAAGGCGCUUGUUUUUGUUCUGAGUUUAAGGGACCCCAUCCUUUCCCCUUGGUGAACACAGAUUAUUUAAACUCCUGGAAAUGUACCUUUGGUCUGUCAUAUCAAGGCACGAGUCACUGUCUUUUGUGUGAAUAAAUGGUUUCUAGUAAAA